AUGUCAACUGCCUGAGGAGAGGAGACUCACCUUCUUGCCCGCAGGCUGGAAGAGGAAGGGCUGCCACUGCUGAGGAGACAGUUGGACAUGUCUGAGGCACUAUUCUGCCCUGUCAAUGAGACCCCUGACCCAGGCUGCAAGCUGGGGGCCUUGUACUGGGCCUGUGUCCGCAAUGACUCUGCCCAGCUCCAAGCUAUACUGGAUGAUGGGGUCUCCCCAGAGGAAGCCACCCAGGUGGACGGCAAUGGGAGGGCCUCAUGGUCGCAUGCUACCACGGCUUCGGGAGUGUUGUGGCCCUGCUCAGUCGCUGUCCUUUCCUGGAUGUGAACCAGCAGGACAAAGAAGGGGACACAGCCCUCAUGCUGGCUGCCCAAGCAGGCCAUGCACCUCUGGUGAGUCUCCUCCUCAACUACUAUGCAGGCCUGGACCUUGAGCGCCGGGACCAGCGGGGGCUAACAGCGCUGAUGAAGGCAGCUAUGCGGGACCGCUCUGAAUGUGUGGCUGCCCUUCUCAUGGCAGGUGCUGACCUGACAGCAGUGGAUCCUGUUCGGGGCAAGACAGCCCUGGAGUGGGCAGUGCUGACUGACAGCUUCGUCACUGUGCAAAGGAUCCGGCAGCUGCAGCGGCGGCCCCAAGUGGAGCAGCUCAGCCAGCAUUACCAACCGGAGUGGCCAGCUUUGCCUGGACUCGUGGCCCAGGCCCAGGCCCAAGCUGCCCCAUCUCUCCUAGAGAGACUACAGACUACCUUGAGCCUCCCUUUCACCCAAUCUCCUCAAGAGGGGGGUGUCCUGGACCACCUUGUGACCAUCACGACCAGCCUGGCCAGUCCCUUUCUUACCACCGCCUGCCACACUCUGUGCCCUGACUGCCCACCUGCACUGGGCACCCGAAGCAAGUCUGUGCCAGAGCUGCUAGAGCAAGCCAGAGCCCAGGCCUGUAGGCCAUCGCAGGCUGACCCUUCCUCUCUGGCAAUACCAGGAGCUUAGGAUGCAGAGGAGAAGGCAGGAAGAGGAGGCCAGGUGGGCACAGAGCCAGGGGAAGAUGGGCUAGGCCAGCCUAGGAGCAGGGAAUCAGGCCCCUCCCA